AUGAUAGAUAAUGAUGAUACGUCAAUAUCGACAGCAGCCAUUUUAGAUCCAUCAGCAUCAAAUACGAAACAAGAAUAUCAGGGUUCAAGAAUCCCACCUAGCGAAUUGAUCAAAUAUCCCUUUAAAACAUUGAAUCGAAUACUUGAUGACUUGAAAUGGUCAAUCCCUUUUAAAAACAAGUACAAUGUGAGUUUAUUGAAUAGUAAACCAAUUGAUUAUUCAUCAGACUUGAGUAGAAUGUCAAAUAAUAAACAAUUCAACCAUGAUGUCUUAACUCUUAAUAAUGCAUUAACAUAUUCGCCAUCUUUAGAAAAGAUUGAAGCAUCUCCUAUGAAAAUAUCCAUUAUUAGAGGUUUAAUCGUUGAUAAUCGUGCAAAUGAGAAUAUUUAUCACUUUAGAAUCAUAGUAUUAGAAUCAAUCACUAAUCCAUUCAUAACAAAUUCGAUCGAUAAACACGAAUAUCAUAUCAUUCCAAAGUCAUUAUUAUCCCCAGAUGAUCUCAACUCUUUGAAAGUGAAACCUCUUGAUGAAGGCAAGGUUGAUGAAACUAUAUUUGAUGAUGCAUUCUAUAAAAGUUAUAAUAGUCCUCAUAAUCAAAUCUUAAGAGUAACUAUAUUCAAAAAAGAAUUUUCGAAAGAAGAGUUAUUACCAUUUGUUGAUCAAGAUUUAAUUACUAAACGUUAUUCGGGUGAAGUGGAUAAUCAUCCAUCAUUGUCUCCUGAUACGGUUCCAAAUGUCAUUCAUUGUUUUAAGACAUUGAUCAAAGUCUUGAAGGGUCCAAUUUUACUUAAUCCUGAUGAUUCGAUUAAAACGAUAAGUCUUAAAAAUAGAUCUUUAAGUGCUACUAUUGAUGUCAACUUUUUACUUCAAAGAUUAUCAUUUUCAAUCAGUAAUGAUGAAUCCGAAUUAGUUCCACCUAAUCUUGUCUUAUUACCUGAUUUAAAAGAAUCUUUCAUUCGAAUGAUUCAAGAACUUAUCUUCUUGGGGCGGGUCUACAGUAAUUCAGUUGAAACUAAUGAAUUUCAAACCACAUAUUCAUAUGCAAAUAACUUCUCAUUAAUCUUUGGUGCCAUACCGGAAUACGAUAAACAUAUGAAUCUAACUCAAUUCUUACUUAACUGUGUUAAUGAAGUACCCUACUUUAUUAAUUUAAGUAUUAUGACCUACUUUCAGGAUGAAUUUAUCAUUAAGUGUUUUGAAAAUACUGUUAAAUCAGAUCCAGCAAACAAAUUACAUUAUGUUGAUUCUUUGAAAAGUGUGGCUAAUUAUAGAGUAGGAACAACGAAAUUAGGUACUUAUAUCAAGAAUAUGACUGCUCAAGGUGAAUUGGUUGGAUAUCAUGAUUAUGUUGAUGCUAUGAAAAUUAUCGGUAUUUCAUUAAGUGAUCCUUCAGAAUUGGAUGAAGUUGAAGAUGAUGUGGUCAUAGCCAUGUAUAAGUCAAACUUUGAAGCAGAUCCAAAAAACUAUCAGUAUUACAAUAACAAAUUACAAAUGAUCGCUAAAGUUAGACAAUCAUCUGAAUUGUGGAAGUAUAUUAACAAUGAAGUACUUCCUCUUAAUAUUGCAUUGGAUGAAUUAACUAUAGAGGAAAUUACUGAAGAUGAUGUGGUUAUAACAGCUUAUGAAUAUAAAUUAAAUGAAUUAGCUCAAUCUAGUGGGUUUGUUACUACUACCAGUGAAAUCGUGUUUUUGAAUAAGUCAUUAUUAUCAGUGGCGGUUAAUAGAAAAAGUUAUUUAUUAUUAAAUUAUGUUGAAACUAAAUUACCUGAUAUAAUAAGAAUUCCUAAGGAAGAUAUCACUUAUUCAAAAGCAUUGGAAAUAUUGGGUGUACCAAGUCACACAUCGAAUGAUUUUGAAAUUAUAACAUCAUUCCAAGCUAAAUUAAGUUUAAAUGAUAGAAAUGAUAUAAGUAGUGAUAUAAGGAUUUUGAGAUAUUGUUUAAAAUUAAUUGCUGAAAACAAAAAAUCUGAGAUUUUAUUCAGCUUUUUAAAGAAUGGUAAGAUUGAUCCUACUUUAUUACCAGCUGAAAAUUGGCCUGCAGGAUUGGAUAACAUCGGUAAUACCUGUUAUUUAAAUUCAUUAUUACAAUAUUACUUCUGUAUAAAACCAUUGAGAGAUUUAAUAUUAGAAUUUGAUGAAGAUUUAAUUAAUCUUGAUGACUUGAAUGAUAAACGAAAAAUUGGAGGUAGAAAAGUUGAAGAUUUAGAAAUCAAACGUUCAAAUCAAUUUAUUUAUCAUUUAAGAUAUUUAUUUGAUGAAAUGAUUCAUACCCAAAAGAGAUGUGUACAACCAACAAAAGAAUUGGCUUAUUUAUCAUUUUUAGCUUUAUCGCAACCAGUUGACUUUAAAGACCCAAAUGCACCUGAAAUUAUUGAAAUAAAAGAUGAUGAUUACGAUUUUGAUAAUGAUCAAAUUAUGAGCAAUCAAAGUCCUCAAAUUCCAAUUGUUGUGUCGUCUGAAUCUCCCCAACCAACUGGUGAUACUGAAAUGUUAGAUGCUGAUGAACAGAAACUUCAACCAGAAGAUGAUGAUGAUGAAGCUAUUGAGGUCAUAUCUAUUGAAGAACCCACAUCAUUUCCUGAAUAUGAUCAAAUGGAAGUAGUUGAAAUCAACAAGGGUCCUAAAUUAUUAUCUAUUAGUACUGAUCAAAUGGAAAGUACCAUUGAAGUUGGUAGACAACAAGAUGUUACCGAGUGUAUUGAAAAUGUUAUAUUUCAAAUUGAGACAGCCUUAGCACCUCAGAAGUUAGAUGAUGAUGGAGAACAGAUUGAUUUGAUUAAGAAAUUAUUUUAUGGAAAAAUCAAACAAACCAUUACUCCAGUUAAGGAAUCUGAUCCAACUGUUGCAACUGGACCAUCACGUAUUACCCUUGAAAGAUUUUUCAGUUUAAUUAUUAAUGUGAGUGAUCAUCCUAAGAGUAUUUAUGAUACUUUGGAUAAUUAUUUCAAUGAAGAUUUGGUUACUUUAGAUGAAGGAUUAUGUAAGAAAUCAAUUACAGUUAAUGAAUUGCCUGAUAUCUUACAAUUCCAUGUGCAGAGAGUUUUAUUUGAUAGGGAGAGAUUAAUGGCCUAUAAAUCAAUUGAACCAAUUCCAUUUCUGGAAAAGAUUUAUUUUGAUCGAUAUUUAGAUACAACUGAUGAAGAAAUAUUGCGAUUAAGAUCAGAAGUGUUUCAAUGGAAGAAUGAGAUUGCCAGGAUUACAGAAGAAAAGGAAAAAUUAGUUGAACUUAAUCCUGAAACAAAAUUAUCUAUCAUUGACACGUUAAAGAUAACCAAGAAAUAUUUAGAAUCGGUUAUUUUACCACAUAAAGAUCUUAGUAUUAAUCCUACCACUAUUAUUCAACUUGAGAAUUUGAUUGAAGAAUAUAGUAAUAAAUUGGUGCAAUAUAAUUUAAGAUUGGUUGAAUUACAUGAUAAGAUUUCAAAUCAAUUUAAAAAUUAUAAGAAGGUGGGAUAUACCAUAUUUGCUAUAUUCAUUCAUAGAGGUGAAGCAAGUUAUGGUCAUUAUUGGAUCUAUAUUAAAGAUCCACAUCGGAAUAAUAUUUAUAGAAAGUAUAAUGAUGAAAUGAUUACGGAAGUUUCAUUAUCGGAAGUAUUCAAUUUUGAAGAAAAUAAUACUGCCACUCCUUAUUAUAUAGUUUAUGUCAAGGAUGAAUUAGAAAAGGAUUACGUUGAUCCAUUGAAGAGGGUUAUAAAUAAGUGUUAG